UUUUUUAAUAAAAAACUGCAAUACACAAACAGCCCUUAUUUUGUCGAAAUUAAAAUUAGAACCCCCAUCUCCUCAGAUCUCAUCAUAACCCAGAAAGUGAGUUCCAUCAAACUUAGCUUAAGACUGUUGAAGCAUAGGAUCAAAGUGGGAGUAUUUCUGUGCUCUAUCGAAUAUGGUUUACCAUUCUACAUUUGUGGACGAGGAAGGCAUUACUAAAGCUUGUGGGUGUCCCUUACUUCCUCUAAAAAGUCACAUACGAGGACCUGCUCCCAUUUCAGAUCAAGCAACAACUGAUAUUAUUGAUGAAGCAAUCACGUUCUUUAGGGCGAAUGUGUUCUUCAAGAACUUUGAUAUCCAAAGCCCAGCUGAUAAACUUCUUAUAUAUUUAACAUUUUAUAUCAAUGUUGCUUUGAAGAGGCUUGAGGGCUGCAGAACCUUAGCUGAAGGGACAAAGGCCAUAAUUAACCUUGGUUUGGAAGAUGUUCCUGUGCCUGGAGAAGCUGGUUUCCCUUUCCCUGGUCUUUUUCUGUUAGCCGCAUCUAAGAAAGAAGCAGAACUAUUACGGAAUUAUCUGAAGCAAAUACGUGAAGAAACUAGUGGUAGAUUAUUGAGCGUUGCAUAUAGACCAAACGGAACUCCAAACAAAUGGUGGCUGGCAUUUGCUAAACGGAAAUUUAUCAACACAAUCGCUCUUUAGAACCUCCCUGUAAUAUGUACCAUGCAGUUUGGUCUCAGAAUUACUUGGGAUCAAAAUAUAUUUUGUAAUUCUUUUGUGCUGUAAAAUAAAUUUAGUUCGACUUCAUGUUAUAUUCUGAGUUUGUAAAGCUUAUACUGAAUCUCACCAUGUAUACUAUUCUUAAAUCUUAAGUUCUUAACCAAAGGAACUGAGUUACCUUUUUAA